AUGGACCUGAAUCCCGCCGACGACGUCUUUCUCCAAGACGACAGAGGCUUGACCAUAGCCCAGCACGCGCGGCGAUGCAGCCAAGCAUUUGAAACAUGUUUGGCCGCUCCGCAAACCACAUACGAUCCAACGAUUAUGGAGGAUCAAAUGGCACGCUUCACUCUAUGGGCGUCCAACAUGGAUGUUUUUGGGCCACCCAACGUCUCGUUGGACUACCGGCUCAGAUACAGCCCCACAGUAGUAGACAUUCUACACCAGCUUUUGGACGUCAUUCUUAAUACCCUGAUAUUUCUCUUGCGUAUUUGUCUAAUUGAGGUGCUCACGGCAGUGACGCCAUGCGAGAAGUCAGCGAGAACACCUACAACUAAGAAGCGGCGUACAUCAGAAUCAGGCCGCGCGAAUGUCACUAAAACUGUUGAUUAUUCAAGCGAGACCGACAGCGAAGGAGAUAUAGGCGAAAGAAACGUUUACUUGACCACCUAUACGAUUGGUGGAACAGUGUCGCAGCUCUGCCUGCUGUCCAACGCAGUUCGGCGGUCCGCCAAGAUUGCAAGGGCAGAUAAGAUAGCAGGAUAUAAAGCCGACGAAAAGACAAAUGACGCGAUUCAAGAGUUGCGUCUUUACACAGAAUGUUACAUUCGCUUUCGAUUCCCUCACGCUACAGAGGCCCUUUGUUCUGCGUUGGUGGAGGCAAAUGCGCUGAGACUUCGACGCUUGUGUUAUCAGAGGGAGCAUCGCAGGCGUGUUGCUUUGAGCGUCCAACAUCCAACGGCGGCUGCAGUAACAGCUCAGCUACCCAAAGGAGUGCCUCGCGUGUCGGUCGUGCAUUUUGCUUCCAACAUGCCACCGAAGUCAGGAGCUUUCCACGGAAAACCGGCGCCGCCUCUUGGUCCCCCAGCACCUAUAACCCAUGCGACAACUGCUCAACAGACCGCAGUACGUGCAUUCUACGACAGUAGCAUGACAGAGCUUCCUCGCGCCAAGUCCGUCGCAGUGAAUAAACCCUUUGUCUGCGUUAUUGGCCAUUGUACCGGAUCAGGCGCUCUGAAGCCAGGCUCGUUGACAUUUGACACUUCAAGGGCCUGGUUGAGCCACAUGGAAAAUGCCCACGGGCAUGUAUGGGAGUGUCGAGCUCCAUCUCAUCAACCCAUCAUCUUUCAGAACGAGACCGAGUUUCAGGAGCACUCCCGUACAGAGCAUGAUGUACCCGAGGCGUAUGUAGGGACCCUGAGCGGCGCAGCCCGAAGGCCAGGCUUGCAGAAGAUUACUGAAUGUCCCUUUGGUGACGACUUUGCACCUACCGAAAAUAUUGAGUCGAAUACUGUCUUCUCAAGCGAGGAACUACAGUUACACAUUGCCACCCAUCUGAAAGAAAUAUCUUUGCUCGCGUUGCAGAAAUUGCCUUGCGACGAUGACGACAGUUCACAGUACAUGGCCAGCGACCUGCUGUCAGAGACCGAAGGGGUUGCAAAGCUGCGGGAUUCUAUGUACAGUGUGCUGGAUGACGAAGCUUUUGACUUCGUGCAUGAACCGGAUGAUGAAGUGAUGAAUCAUUCCGAAGAGGUCAUUGCAUCUUCCGUGAAAGCCCUCGAUUUGGAGGACAGGGAUGAGACUGGAAUGACACCGCUUCAUCGCGCAGUGUGUGAUAGAAAUUUUUCUAUGAUUAAGUCACUGAUAGACCAUGGCGCCAGUCUACGCAGUAAAACGCACAGCGGGAAGACAGCAUUGCAUUUUGCGUCAGAGCAAGGAUAUCCUGAAGGGCUGAGAUUGUUGUUGGACUAUGAAACUAGAGAUAUCACCAGUCUGAAAGACAAUCUUGGUCAUACUUCUUUGCAUUACGCUGCGAAGAAAGGCUUUGACGAAGGAAUAGCAAUGUUGGUCGACUAUGGGGCUUUUGUUGAUACCCCAGACAAAUAUGGGCUCUCUCCAUACCUCUGGGCCGUCAUUGCAGGCCAAAUCAGCACUAUAAAAGAAUUCAUGGUUCUUGGAGUUGAUGCAAACUCGCUCAGUACAGAUGGAAUAUCUGCCUUGGCUUGGGCGGCCUGCCUUGGCCAUUUGACUGUUGCCAAAUUACUGCUAGACCACACACCGGAUAUCAUGCUUUUGGCGCAAAGCUCACAAUUGAUGGCACUAGAAGAAGCUUCAGCAUGUGCAGAUCUUCCCAUGGUUCGACUACUACUUGAUCGCGGUGCGGAUGCAAAUCGUCGUGACCGUGAUGGAUGGUUGGCUAUACAUCGAGCGGCCGAAGAGGGCUAUCAGGAUAUGUGCACACUUUUGUUCGAACACGGCACUCGAAUCGACACGACCAGCUUAUAUGGUACUGGGCUGCUUCAUUGUGCUGCGAAUGGAGGAAAUCUUGACACAGUGAAGAUGGUUCUCCAUUGGUUUACGUUGCGUCAUCAGUCAACAGACCCUUGUGCAUCAACAUGUCAUGGCUGGACUCCACUGCAUCAUGCCGCUUUCAUGGGACAUUCGGAUGUGGUACGUUUACUUCUGGCCAUAGACAGACGGGAUCGGACAGACGACUUCUACAAGGACAAUCAUGGCUGGUCAGUGCUCCAUCUGGCAGUCUAUGGAAGGCAUUUGGAUACUGUCAAGCUCUUGCUCGAGCACCCCCUCGUGUCGAAGACCCGCCUCCAAGGCGAUGAGAAUGGCUUCACCGCAGAGGAUUGGUUGGGUUUCGAACUUGAUGGCCAUUCCUACAGGACAAUUGGCGACUUGGCUUUCCACAAAUCACGCUGUUGUAGAACAGUCACCAGACUACGACAAGCUGCUCGAAGCGGCAACGUUGCUUUGGCUGAACUUCUUCUGCAACGGGGAGACGAUGUCAAUGGCUCAAACUCUGGCAGACGGACUGCACUAUACUAUGCCGCACAAUAUGGCCACACGGCCAUGCUGGAUCUCCUCCUGCAAAAGGGCGCAAACCCCAACGUACUUCCCAUUGGACGCAGAACCUGGGAGAGCUUUAUUUCAAACGACGCAGUAUUACAGAGACUUCGACAAUUUGGGUAUAAAAAGCCGCCGCCCAGCGAAGAAAUCGAUCAACAGAUAAGACUCGCGCUCAGACAGCAAGGACACUCGAGUUUCUUCCGCUCGUCAGACGCUCAGGUCGUCUUUCAAGAAAGCAGCUCGUUGGCGCGUGAAGUCGCUCAGGAAAGCGGAGAAGAAAAGGCAACAGCCAAAUCCGAUGAAACGAAACGCACAGGCGUUAAUAAGUUAUGGAAAAGAUUGAGAGGACAGUAG